GUUACAAAAUCACGCCGAAGCCCUGUCGAGUCCCCGGGCCAGAGUCCAAGGAAGGCACGUGCAUGUUCGUGUGGGAGUGCAUCAAAUCGGAGGGCACGCACGUGGGCGUGUGCGUGGACACGUUCAUGUUCGGCAGCUGCUGCGUGCACAAUACGACAACGAACGCGAUCACCGCGUCCAAUCUUCAUCACCAGCAUCACCACCAUCACCAUCAUCAUCAUUACCAUCAGCAGCACGGCGCGUCAUCUUCGUCGGAGCCGUUGAGGCCAACUCUGGCAGAGGCGUUGGGCAACGAGUCGACCAGGCCCACGUUGACCUCCCUCUCCAGCUUCCUCGUCACGGACACGAGCACCGCCAGGCCGAGUCACCAUCCAUCCGAGACGCUCGAUUCUUCCGGAGUGUCCACCAGGCCGCACAAACCGCUCUCGGCCGGUUCCGCUAGGCCGCUGCAGAAACGACCGCACGCGAAACCCACGUCCGAUCACAAGGACAGGAUUCAAACGUCGGUGGUUCCUGGCUCGUCGAAUUUCUGGGAGAAGAGCCCCCAGAGCACCAAGAGGCCUGCCUCCGGUGGAUCGGUGGACCUUUGGGAGAAGGGAUCUCAGAAUACGAAAAGACCGAAUUCUCAAAGUACGAAGAGGCCUGGUGCCGUUUGGGAGGAUAAUGGCCAGAACACGAAGAGACCUGGUCAUCAUGACUCGUUGAACGUUCAGAAGACGAGGCCGGAAAACGGCCAGCAUGCGGACGUCAAAGAGAAGGACACGACGCACGAGAGUUUCCAGAAUCAUCAUCAGGGGUUCAAGGAUAAGGUUGAGAGCGGGCACAAUACGUUGGUGAUUAGAUUACCAGGGAAGGAGCAUGCUUCUAGCGAGGACGAGGGUAUAAGGCCUAACAGGCCUAAUAGCCAAAGACCGUCCGAGUCGAGGCCGGAUGACAGCAAGACCGAAGAGGAUGCCGAUUUGAGCGUGCAGGAGUCGAUACACAGACCUAGCGUUAACUCGGUUGACGAAAACAUCAAGUUCAAAAGUGUUUCAUCUCCUCUGCAGGAACCUGUCAAGGACCCUCAUCCAAGCUUCAACUUCAUUCAUACGGAACGUCCACAGUGGGCGACCAAACCAGUAUCCCCGAAACCAACGACAGACUUUUCGAAACCAUACUUCUCGAUCAAAACGACCACGUAUCGACCGAUUCCGAUGAACGACCAACCAGAUACCAGGCCAAACUUCGUCUCGAAACCCAAUAGUUCCGGCACGGUUAUGAAAACCUCGACCACUGCCAGACCGACACACUUCAAUGGACAGUUCACCACCAGCGCAGCCGGAUCCUUGCCACAGACCUCUCACUGGCACGUGACCACAGAGCCGGUGUUCGUCACGAAACAAAGACCGUCGUCGUCUACAAAGCCGAUGGGCUCGCUCGAAACAACGAAACCUUUGACCAGCAGCUCGCAUUUCUGGUCGGAGAACAGUUGGACACCGCCGAGGCCGUCCUUGAAACCGCACUGGACCGACAACCCCAGCCUCCUUCAGAACGGACCCGAAGCAUUUCCGCCGCGGCCGAGUUUCAAACCGACCGAACCGCAA